CUACGUUCUUGCUUCCACCACAAGCCGUUCAAGCACCCUGCUCUGGAGCGGAUCUUCCGGGCUGUCACGGUCGCAUAAUCCGGGCCAAUGAAUCCGACCAUAUGCAUCAAAUACCUGCACGCGAUACCAGACAGAUCCGAAUCUCUUUUCUUACGUGAAACAGCCAGCACUCGGACCGUUCUUACCUGUUCGGUGUGCUUCGCUUUCAGGCGAGAGAAUGCGGCGUGCUGUUAUGAAGACGACAAUUCCUCCAUCGAGGCGGCCGGUAUACACGAGCGCUUUCCGAACUUCGCUCGACACUGUCGCAAUCUUCUCCUGGACAGUUUAGGAUCCGGAUGCUCAUUGCGCCCGUCAACUUGAGACCUGCAUUUCCCAGGCUUCUGUUCUUGUGUCCCGGGAGCCUUUCCGUUCCCUCAGUCACUUUUCGAAGACAUUGUGACUGUAGUGCCUUUCACAAAUGAACUUGAUGCCCACCCAAAACACAGAUCUCGUGCAAUCCAGCUGGCAAUCAUUAUGAUCAAAUCGGCGUUAGAUCCUCGCAAAGAGUGACUUUCAGCGUGCAGAAGACCAAAAACAUCGAUACUACGUCGGAUGCUUCGUCGCUGCAUUCCGUAUCAGCGCGCCAAGUCGAUGGGGAUCAAUGACCAUUGUUCGCUGCUCCCAAUCCCCAAAUCUUCCUGAAACCGCCAACGCUAUCGACCAACACGGUCUCCAGGAGUGUCUUGACAUGUCGGAGAUCAAGUCUGUAAUGAAGCCACCGC